UGUCAUGUUCUCACAUAAAGACCGAAGUGAAGACCGAAGAAGAGGAUUUGAGAAGUAAAACUGGAGGUUUUCUGUGUCCAGCAUGUGGUGAACAACUUUUCUACGAGAAGUAUUUCCUUGAACAUAUCAGGGAACGUCAUUAUAAGCCUGACCUACGAGUACAAGAUGAGGAGCACAGUUUGUUACAUGAGUUUGCUGGAAGUUCUGUUCAUGAAAAUGUUCAUGUAACUACAGAACAAGAUGGUUGUUGUGUUCAAAAUAAAUGUGAUGUUCUUAAAUCAGAAGUAAAAACUGAGCAGAGUGAAUUCAAUGGAGAGGCUGGAGGUUUUCUCUGCUCAGUUUGUGGGGAAACAUUUUUAGAGGAGGACAGUUUUAUUAAUCAUAUCAAUGAUCACUUUAAUAAUUCUAGUAAACAAAAAAGACCACGAUGUGCUGAAUUUCAAAAUGACAGUGAUUAUACAGGGUCUGGGAUGAGUAAUAAAUCAGACAAUUCUACCGUUUCUCAGGAGAUUCCCAAUUCUCCAGAAAAUAUUCGUGCUGGCGAAAAGCAGUUGAAAUGUCCUGAUUGUUCAUAUUCAACUACACGAAAAAGAACUCUUCAAUAUCACUUAACAACUCACUCCGGAGAGAAACCGUUCAAAUGCUCAGAUUGUUCGUAUGCAACAGCUCGUAAAUCAGACCUCAAAAAACAUCAGAAGACUCACUCCGGAGAGAGACCAUUUAAAUGUUCUGAUUGUUCCUAUACAGCAGCUCAGAAAUCAGACCUUAAAAGACAUAUAAGUACUCACUCCGGAGAGAAACCGUUCAAAUGUUCAGAUUGUUCGUAUGCGACAGCUCGUAAAUCACGCCUCAAAAAUCAUAUGAUGACUCACUCUGGAGACAAACCAUUUAAAUGUUCAGAUUGUUCGUAUGCAACAGCUGAGAAAGCAGACCUUAAAAGACAUAUGAGUACUCACUCCGGAGAGAAACCGUUCAAAUGUUCAGAUUGUUCGUAUGCAGCAGGUCGGAAAUCAGACCUCAAAAAACAUCAGAAGACUCACUCCGGAGAGAGACCAUUUAAAUGUUCUGAUUGUUCCUAUACAGCAGCUCAGAAAUCAGACCUUAAAAGACAUAUUAGUACUCACUCCGGAGAGAAACCGUUCAAAUGUUCAGAUUGUUCGUAUGCGACAGCUCGUAAAUCAAAUCUACUAAAACACCAACAAAUGCAUGCUAGAAAAGUUUAACCCGGCAUGAACAAACUGUUAAUGUUAUUACGGAAUGAUCAUAAUAUAAUAUGCUGGUGAACAAAAAGUGUAUCUUUUUGAACAUGAUCAAAAGACUCGUAAUGGUGAAACCCUCCUUCCCCAAUUUAUAAUCUGUUAAACAUAACUAUUGUGUUUCACUAGAGUAAUCAUUUAGAGACCUCCCCCUCUCCCUCCCCUAGUGAUUAUGAAAUACAUGUGAACCGGUGAACGACCCCUAUGGAAACCCAUUUUGUCAAUUGAAAUAAUUAAUAAUAUAAUUGUACUUCAGUUUAAAAGGUUCUUUGCGAUAUCUUUGUGUAAAUCCUAUUUUAAAUUCUAUUUUAAAUCCUAUUUUGAAUCCUAUUUUGAAUCCUAUUUUUAAUCCUAAUUAUAACA